AUGUCUAUAUCAUCGGAUGAGACUAGCAAGCUUCUGACCUUGGCGGAGGAGUACGUGCGAUUGAGCAACGAGCACGACGUGGAAGCUUGUUUGAAGCAGCUCAAUGCGAACGCAUCGUAUCAGUCGACAACGGUCGGAGCAUACGAGGGGAUAGAUGCGAUCUCAUCCAUGAUGAAGACUUUCUUUUCAAACUUUCCUUCUGUCCACUGGGACGUCAAGGAGUACAAGAUCUCCCAAGGCAACAGGGACUGCGUUGAGUUCGAGUUUGUGCGGACCCUGAAGAAGCCUGAGGGUCUUGUUCGGGAGGAGGGAAAGGAGUGGAUCGAGUUCAGCGAGCAGGGGGGGAAGCUGGGGAUAUCCAAGAUCUCCGUGGAGACGUUCAAGAAGGAGAUCAUCGCGUGA